CCGUUCAGACAUGUAGUGCCUCGCUUUGUUUAUAAGUUGUACAAGGCUAUUUCACUCAUCUAAGUCUUGGUUUGUACGAUAUUGUGUUCUAAAUUUGCAGAAAUGGCGGACGACACAGUUGCUGUAAGUCAAAAUAAAGACGGCCCCGAAGAGCAAACAAGGGAGCAAAUCCUGCGGAAUGGACACAAGGGACUAAUCACCAUAAACACGGGAGCGAAGAUGGAGCAUGUUACCACCCUCCGAGCAGCAUUUGCCCCUCCGAAGCAUCCAGGGGUGAGGCUGCAGGGCAUGAGGUCGGAGCUUUUAGAAAGAAGAAUUGCCCAGAUAGCAAGGGACAAGAUUCAUGCAGAACGAAACCCACCGCUUCCCCAAGCUGACUUUGCCAGUGUAACUCAGAGAGAUUUUCGAGUUGAGGGAUUUGUACCCCAAACUACUAAAAAUAACCGUAUUCAUGAUUAUACAACUGAGCAGGCCAUCAGUUAUUGGAGUGAAAAUUACCAGCGGAUACAGGGUGUAAGUCCAGUGGAGUGCCCAAACACACCUUUUAGAAAGUCGGCCCAGUUUUCCACUCCCUUGGGUGAUCCGCGGAAAAACGUUGAUUCCCUCAUUGAAUAAUUGUCUAAAUGAAUGCUUUUUGAAUAAAGUGAGUUUGUCCUUG